AUGUUGCUUCUUGUUUUAUGGAUUGCGUUUGUUCUUGUAGUUGAUCAAGUAAAAGCUCUGUCUACACUACCUUCUCGAUUAGCCAAAAUAGAGACCAUAAAAAACCCAAUGUUUAGACCACUUUCUAAUAGUCCACUCGACCAACAAUAUCUACUUGAAUUCUCAGCUUUUGAUCAGUCUAUUCAGCUCAUUUUAUCUCCUCAUAUCGAACUCUUUCAUCCUGAUGCACAAGUAACUAUUUUUAAUGCAGAUGGAUCAGAAUACACAGAACAACUUGAAUUGCAUGAUUAUGCGGUAUUUAAAGGCUUCAAUAACCAAACUCAUGAAUGGGCUCGUAUUAUGAUGCGACAUGACCUAGAGAACACAAUUGUGUUUGAAGGUGCAUUUGCUUUGGAUUUUGACAUCUAUCAUAUCAAGACAGCCACCAAUUACCAUCUAUCUAAACGAGACGAUGAUCCUGUUACUACGCAACACACAGAUAUGAUUAUCUAUCGAGAUUCAGAUCAGAUAAACAAAGUGCUUAAUAAACGAUAUCGACCUAAAUCAGAUAUCAUGUGUGCUAUGGAAGAAUUAGCUUACAAUAGACGUAAUACAGGUUCUCAUAUAGGACCCAACUCGACGAGUUUUUCUAAUCUAUGGGAAAAAAGAAGUCUUUCAGGCUGUCCUGUCUCACGAAAGAUUGCUUAUAUGGGUGCUGCUGCUGACUGUUCCUAUGUACUGUCGUAUGGAAGUACACGUUAUGCUAAACUACAGAUCAUCAAUGACUGGAAUGUAGCCUCUGCUGUCUAUGAAAGAACGUUCAAUGUCUCAUUAGGGUUGAUCUAUCUUCAGAUUUCUGUGCCUGAAUGUCCUCUAAAGCCUAAACAAACCAUUCCAUGGAAUCAAGCAUGUUCAAGUCAUUAUACUAUCAAUGAUCGUCUAAGUGAUUUUAGUCUAUGGCGAGGAACAAAAGGAGAUGAUGGUGCAGCACUAUGGCACCUCAUGACUAAAUGCGCUACUGGUACAAAAGUAGGCAUUGCUUGGUUAAGUCAAUUAUGUGAAACUCAAGUAUCUCAACAAACAGAAGAUGAUGGUUCUUCAGAAUGGGUUUCUGGUACGGGUGUAUCUUCUAUUACCCGAGAUGAAUGGAAAGUAGUUGCUCAUGAAAUUGGUCAUGGAUUUGGUGCUAUUCAUGACUGUACUUCUUCCAUGUGUCCUUGUCAAGGAGAAUGUGGUUGUUGUCCUCUAAGUGAUACUGUAUGUAGUGCAGGCGAAACGUAUCUCAUGAACCCAACAAGCAAUGUUACUACUAAUGAUUUCAGUCCUUGUUCUAUCUCUGAUAUCUGCAGUACAUUCCCUAAUAUUGGCUAUUGUCUAAAGACAUCUGAUGUUCGAACGGGCGGUUCUUUUUCAAUCUGUGGUAAUGGUAUUUUAGAGCCAGGGGAAGAAUGUGAUUCUGGCUUAACAGACAGUGAAUGUUGUUAUGCCAGAACAUGUAAACUAAAGCCACAUGCUGUUUGCGAUGAUUAUAGUAAUCAAUGUUGCCUAAACUGUACGAUUGCACCCAAAGAUACGAUUUGUCGUCCUGCUGUAUCUGAGUGUGAUACCACUGAAUACUGUACAGGCGAAUCCAGUCAAUGCCCUCCUGAUCAGUUUGAUGCUGAUGGUACAAGUUGUGCUAACAAUACCAUGAAAUGUGCUUCUGGUAUCUGUACCUCAAGAGAUCAACAAUGUAUGACUCGAGGUUUAAGGCAGAAUAUUAGCACACAAUGUUCUUUUCAAAAGGACUCUUGUUUGAUUAGUUGUACUGAUCCUAAAGAUACUCGUAACUGUCUUAUGUUGAGUGGUAUGUUUCUUGAUGGUACAGAGUGUGGUUUAGCUGGUUAUUGUCAAAAGGGCACUUGUAUAAGUACAGGAGCAUUAAACACUUUAAAGGCAUGGACAGCACAGAAUUUAUCCAUUGCUAUUCCUGUUUACUUGUUUGGAAGUAUAGCUGUCUUGUUAAUGAUAGGUUGGAUUGUAUGGUUUAUACGUAGAAGACAUAGGCAUCAAUUACAGUCAACAGAAAAAGACAAGGAUUCUCGACCGAAUUCUAUCAUUAGUAAUGAGAUUAUGAUGACCCAUCGACCCAGUCCUAAAGAGACUCAGAUUGCACCACUGCCUACACCCAAUACGAUACCAAUAGAGAAUGACAGUACUGAACUUGUGCCAGUCUCAUCAAAUCCCUUUUUACCAUCAACAACAGCAGCCAUUGCCUCUACAGGAACACAUCGAAGAGGCAAAUCUAAUUUAGAAUAA